CGGGGCCGCGGCCGGCACCGCCAGCCUCGGUCUUCUCCUCCUGUGGUCGGGGCCCAGAGGUGACGGGGGUGCUGGUGGGUCUCCUCACCCCGAUGAGGAGCCUGCAGUUCGGAAGCCUCAGUUUCCGCAGGAGGAGGGGGAGCUGGACAGAGGUCCAGUACUUGGCUUCGGGGCACCCGUGUGAAGGAAGGACCCCGGUGGCCGGGCCUGAGGGACUGCUCUGGGGAAGCUCCAGGCCGCCGGCCCGGCCCGGCCCAGGCCGGGAGGGGUGCCGCGCCUCCUGGCCCCAGAAGCCCACCAUGGAGGCCAAGGACGAGGCCAGCGACACCGACAGCGGCGUCAUCCUGCAGUCUGGACCCGACAGCCCGGUGUCCCCGCUGAAGGAGCUGAAGGGGGCCAAGGAGCUGACGCACGCCAUGCGCAAGCAGCAGCGGGCGCUGGAGGCGCGCCUGGAGGCCUGCCUGCAGGAGCUGCGCGGGCUGUGCCUGCGGGAGGCGGAGCUGACAGGCGUCCUGCCAGCCGAGUACCCCCUCAAACCUGGGGAAACAGCCCCCAAAGUCCGCCGCAGGAUCGGAGCCGCCUACAAGCUGGAUGAGCGGGCCCUGCACAGAGAGGACCCCCUGAGCGGCCUGGAGCAGGAGCUGGCCCUGCAGCUGCAGAUCGCGGAGGCCGCGCGCCGCCUGAGCCGCGAGGAGAGGCUGAGCCGGCAGGCCCGCCGGCAGCGGAAGCGCGCCCUGCUGCAGGAGGAGCAGAGGCUGCGCGCCCUGGAGCGCUGCCUGGGCGAGCAGCGGCGCCACCGCGCCUCCCUCCCCGCCCCCGCGCCCGCCCUGGACCCAGAGCUCUGCGUCUCGGACGACAGCUCCCUCUCAGACGGGCUGCUCCUGGAGGAAGGUCUCUCUGCUCCUUCAGAGGAGGCCCGGGUGCCGGAACCCGCCCCGGCGUCCCCGCCCCAGAGCCUGGAGGGGCUGCAGCCUGCGGGGCCCGAGCCGGGGGGCCUGGACCCGGCCCCCAUCCAGAACGGCCCCUGGAAGGAGACCAGCCUGGACCAGCCCUACCAGAAGCCGGGGAAGACUUCGGACUCCAGCAGCGAGUCCAGCAGCCCGGCCACCACGCCGCAGGACUGGCCCGCCUCCUGCCACCCGGUCCCCGUCCGCGGCGUCCCCGGCCAGCGGCAGGGCCGGACGAGUGCCCCGGCCACGCCCGACAUGCAGGGGCGGAGGGCCCAGUCGCAGUCCGUGAGGAUGGACUCCUUCCGGGCAGGGCCCCGCCGCCGCCCCACGCACUACACGGUGACCGUGCCCAGCUCCUGCUGGCCCCCGAGCGGGCCCCCGCGGCCGCCCCACGCGCCCCCCCACUCCUGCUCCGAGGACAGCGGCUCCGACGGCUCCAGCGUGUCCCACGCCACCUCGCCCGGCAGCAGCAGCCCGGACGUCUACGCCCUGCAGCCGCUGUCCCCGCCCCGGGCGCCCGGCUACCCCGGGGCCUGGGGCCCGGACGCCCCCCGCCCCUCGCUGCUGCUGCCCCCCGGGCCCUUCCCGGCCGAGCUGUACGUGCUGCUGCCCGAGGGCUGCCUGCCGCCCGAGGAGGCCGGCCGCGCGGCCCUGGAGGAGGAGCGGCUGGCCCUGCGUCUGCAGCAGCUGCAGCACCUGCAGCAGCACGUGCGCCCCCGCGGGCGCCCGGCGCGCGCCCCCUCCCUCAAGGACAGCCCCGCCGGCCGCGCGCUCUGCCGGGCGGCCGUGACCCAGGAGCUGCAGUCCUGGCACGAGCGAGCCCGCCUGCGGGGGGCGCGCCCCCACUCGCUGGACCGCCAGGGCGCCUUCCGCCUGCGCAGCCUGCCCCUGGGGUGCUCCCCGGGGCCCCGGACACAGCAGGUGCCCGCCGUGUGUGUGCUGCGCAGAUCGCCCGAGGGGGCGCCCGUGCAGGUCUUCGUCCCCGAGAACGGAGAGAUCAUCAGCCAGGUGUAGCUGGGGCCGGCGCCCGGGGCCCCGAGAGCGCGCUGCUCCCCGGCGGGGCUGCGACCCCUCCUGUGCCUUCCGCAGCUCCCCCGCCCCCAUCGCCGGCCGAUGGCCUGGAGCUGAGGCUUCCUUUUCUUUUUAAACCAGUUUUUGUUCACAA